AUGUCAGAUUCAAUCCAGGAGAGAUUUGUAGUUGGAUACGCUCUCGCAGCGAAGAAACAGCAGAGUUUCAUCCAGCCUUCUCUGAUCGAGCACUCGAGGCAACGAGGCAUUGAUCUGGUGAAGCUCGAUCCGGCGAAAUCGUUGCUGGAGCAAGGGAAGCUCGAUUGCAUCAUCCACAAGCUGUACGAUGUGUAUUGGAAAGAGAACCUCCACGAAUUUCGGGAGAAAUUUCCCGGCGUCCCUGUCAUCGAUUCGGCGGAGGCUAUCGAGCGAUUGCAUAACAGGGUUUCGAUGCUCGAGGUGAUAACUCAGUUGUUCCCUGUCUCGGAUAGCGAGAGAUUCGGCGUUCCGAGGCAAGUUGUUGUGAUGGAUCCGGGCGUUUUGAGCGGCGGGGGAGCUUUAGGGGAGCUCAACUUUCCGGUGAUCGCUAAGCCGUUGGACGCCGAUGGGAGUGCGAAAUCUCACAAGAUGUUUUUGAUAUAUGAUCAGGAAGGGAUGAAGAUACUGAAGGCGCCGAUUGUGUUGCAGGAGUUUGUGAAUCACGGUGGUGUGAUCUUCAAGGUCUAUGUGGUUGGAGACUAUGUGCAAUGCGUAAAGAGAAGGUCUUUGCCUGACAUCUCCGAAGACGGGACGUCGAAAGGCUCGCUUCCGUUUUCGCAGAUAUCGAAUCUGACUGCUCAGGAAGACAAGAACAGAGAGUAUGGAGAGGAUAGGAGCUUAGAGAAAGUGGAGAUGCCUCCAUUGAGUUUCUUGACGGAUCUAGCAAAGGCGAUGAGGAAAUCAAUGGGACUCAAUCUCUUUAACUUCGACGUGAUUAGGGAUGCGAGGGAUGCUAAUAGGUACCUUAUCAUUGAUAUUAACUACUUUCCUGGAUAUGCUAAGAUGCCCUCUUACGAGCCUAUAUUGACCGACUUCUUCUGGGACAUGGUCACAAAGAAUAAUCAUGUCUGA